UAAAAAGUUACUCUUUGUAUUUCCGGGAAAAACACAAAACUUGGAAACAAAUGAGGUAUCCCAAACCACUUUUGUAAACGUUUUUAAUCCAUUAUUUACAUGUGAUUACGACAAUUUAAAAUUAAACAUGGCUGACUUAAUGGAUCUAUUGACAUUGUGUUCUGAACUAGAUGAAGAUCUGUCAAAUCUAAGCAGGGGAGAUAAUCAAAGAAAGGAAAGAAUAAGAAAACAUAUACAUACAGUAGAUACCAAACUGAAAUAUCAGGUCCCAGACUUUGAGAAAGAUUUACCAUGGCUAAAUAUAGCAUCAUCCUUAUCACUCUACGAACAUUUAAAGGGAAAUAUUGUAGUUUUGGAUUUCUUUACCUAUUGUUGUAUAAAUUGUGUCCAUGUUCUACCAGAUCUGGAGAAGGUAGAACAGAAAUAUUCACUGAAUGAUGGGGUAGCCAUCAUUGGUGUUCAUUCUGCAAAAUUUGAAAAUGAAAAAGUGUCUGCCAACAUUCUGAGUGCAAUACUACGAUACAACAUUCACCAUCCGGUUGUUAAUGACCAUGAUGCUGUACUUUGGAACAAACUUCAGAUCCAAUGCUGGCCAACUUUUGUUGUGGUUGGACCCAACGGUCAGUUUCUUCAAACAUUCGUUGGAGAAGGCCACAGAGAAAAUCUACUUGAGUUUAUAGAUGAGUCAUUAGAAUAUUUUAAAGACAAGAUAAAUCCUUGUGAUUUAAAAUUAUCUUUGGAGAAGGAUAAAGUAAAUGAGGCUCCUCUUCAGUUUCCAGGGAAAGUUACCACUUCUAAUGAUGGUAAAAUUUUGGUAGUGUCAGAUACAGGCCACCAUAGAAUUUUAGUGUUGUCACAAUUAGGUGUUGUACAGCACUGUAUUGGAGGUACAGAUAGAGGUAAUGAAGAUGGUGGUUUUACACAGGCCAGAUUUAAUUCUCCACAAGGUGUAGCCAUCAAUGGAGAUAUUGUUUAUGUAGCUGACACAGAUAACCAUACAAUUAGAGAGAUCAAUUUGACCUCUAAAACAGUAAGGACAUUGGCAGGAACAGGAGUUCAAGGUCAGGAUAAAGAGGGAGGUAAAUCUGGAACAAAUCAAGAGUUAUCCUCCCCAUGGGAUGUAGUUCUAGGAAAUUCUCCAGAAAGUGAUAAGGAAAAUGUAUUAUAUAUAGCUAUGGCUGGAAUUCAUCAGAUCUGGGUCUACUUCUUACAGGAUAGUGACUGGUUAAAAGAAAGUCACCAUUCUGGAGGAACCUGUCUAAGAUUUUCUGGCAGUGGACAGGAGGAAAAUAGAAACAACAGCUACCCUACUAAAGCAGGAUUUGCUCAGCCAUCAGGGUUGGCUCUAUCAUCAACACUUGGUUUAAUGUUUGUAGCAGACAGUGAGAGUUCUACUGUUAGAAAAGUGUCACUGAAAGAUGGGGGUGUCAAAGCAUUGGUUGGAGGAGAGUUUGAUCCAAUGAAUUUAUUUGCAUAUGGAGACAAAGAUGGUAAAGGCUAUGACUGUAAACUUCAACAUCCAUUAGGUGUUGCCAUAGUGACAGAAGAAAAUGGACCAUUGCUGGUUGCUGAUUCUUAUAAUCAUAAGAUAAAAUCCAUAGAUCUGAAAACUUCUAUUUGUAAAACAGUUAUUGGCCUUGAAACAAAUAAUGAUGGUGUGAUAAAGUUCCAGCUAAAUGAACCAGGUGGUCUUUGUGUAUCACAGGACAAAGUUUAUAUAGCUGAUACAAACAACCACCAAAUCAGAGUUCUAGAUAUCAAGACACUGUCUAUAUCUACACUUCCUGUUAUCUUCUCAAAAGAUGAAACUGACUCAAAACCAAAACAGCCAAUUAACCUUAAAGGACAGAUUGAAGAUAUGGAAAGCUUAGUGUUGCCAUCUAUGGGUGACCUUACAUUCACUUUAGAGAUAAAUUUACCUGAGGGUUCACAUCUGACAGAAGAUUCUCCUUCAAGAUGGGUUUUGUUAUCAGAAAAGAAUGGACAAUAUACCGAAGAAUUCAAAGGAGAAAUUAAAAGUGUAGAAAGUUCAGAUAUAUGUACUGUUUCUGUCAAAGAAGAUUCCAGUACAUUUUAUUGUCAGUGUAAGGUCUUACAUUGUGGUGUAGAUAAUGUAUGUAAAAUGUCACAUAAAACAUUCAAACAAGUAGUCACCAUAGAUCCACAGUCAUCAACAUCAACGAGACACAGUCAUAUACACUACAGUGUUUGAAAUGA